AUGUUUAUAUAUUCAUAUGUUUGUGUGCUUGCUUAUGUGUUUGUAUUGGCUUUUACUUGGUGGGGCGGGGGCGAGCGCAUGGUGUCCAACUCUGUUCCCGCCUUAGGGGAUGUUUUAUUUUCUUUUUACAUCUCUUGUUUCCCGUUGAGUUUUGCACCCCACAAUAAAAAGGGAAAUUGUGAUGAUCGCUGUGGGAAAGGGAAAGCAGAAUACGCUCCCGGUAUACUUGGGUGGUAUUGUGAUUACCAAUAUCGCCGCUUCUUUUGGCCAUGUGUAAGUUUCAUUUGCCGCGUUUGUCACCGCCUUCGCCUCUCCCUUGGUUCACUGCUUCGUCUUUUGUAUUUUAUUUACUCUUUCUUUUAUCAUCUCGUCGUCGUAUGCGUCUGCUGCCAAGCCGGGGCCGCAAAUACCGUCCACGCAAAAGGGGAAAAGGGCCUCUAUUCACCGUGGAAACAACGGGCGCUAAGACGUGAGGACUUCGGUUGCCGGAACGGCGCUGAGACCCAUAGAAUUACUCAUAAACAGACAAAUUAUAAAUAUAGACUUAGCCAGUGA